AUGCAGGGACACGGAGGAGGAGGCACGCCGCCGUUACGACCGGGCGGUGUUCGCCCCUCGCUGGAGCCGAGAUCGCAGCCACGGCCGUCGUUGACCGACCUCAACUCGCGACGACCGUCCAACAACAACAGCAGCACUGCGCCUCCGUCGUCGAGGAGACCGAGCAGGAACGGGCAAGGAACUCGCAACGGCAACGACUUUGACGAGUUUGACAAGGUCAACCACGGCGAUCUGGCGUGGCAGAACGACGAACAAGCCAGUACGUUGCGCUCCACGUCCAGGUCGAGCCAGCCCGCGCCCGAGUCGGAGCGCAUCCUCACCCGGCCUCACCCGGCCCCACAUACGCUUCUCGAGGCUGACCAUCACCCUGGUCUCCUGCGCAGUGCUCUCAUUGUACGGUCUCACAACCUUGGCGCCUGUACGUCGUCCCUGCGCCGAUCAACGGCAAGAGAUGCGCAAAGCUUCCUCCCCUUCCCCCACACGAACCUGACACGCCUCCCUCCGCGCGCUGCCCAUCACACUUGGCUGUGCCCCACCUCUCUUUCCACCAGACCGAAUGGCAAUCUGCAGAGGCAGUGGACGGCACCUUCUCGGAAACAGGUCAACCCACCACCACAGCCGCAGCGACCAAAGGGGAUGAGCCGGAUCCGCUCGGGCUCAUGCGAGGCGGCGUCUUGGCCUCCAACCCGGAUCUGCCCACCGACUUGCGCUCCGCCGUGCUUCUGCACUCCAAGUCGUUCGACCCCAAGGUGUUCCUCUCGACCGUACACCCUAAUGCAACCUUCAAGGAUCUCAACAAGGGCAGGGACAGGCUCAAGGACAGCCUCGAGCAGAGGAGUGGGGCACUCAAGCUCUUGGUCCAGGCCGAGUGGGAUCGGUUCGUCUCUGUAAAGGCUGCCACAGAGAGUGAGUCGCCGAAAAAACGUUCAUAGUCGAGCUCCUCACUGAUCAUCAUCAUUGGUGUGGAAUUCACCAGUGGUCUAUGAGGAAAUGCGACAGCCUCGAGGACCUCUCGCUGCUGACGCAGAUCAUGGGGUCAAACAAAUCCGAGAAACCCUCAAAGGUGAGGCCUGAAUCGCUCCAAGCUGGUCGGAGAAUGCUCGCUGAUCCCCGCAAUCUUGAUCCGUUCAACGAUAGUCGCAUCCACGCGAGCCGACAACGUCUUCCAACCCAUCCUCGACGCCCGGACCAAAGCCGAGCGACUGAAGUCAACCCUCGGCGUCUUUGAGCGAAGCAAAUUCUUCUUCAAUCUGCCCACAAUCCUGGGAGAAGCGGUAGAGGAUGGAAGAUACGAAGUGGCUCUGCAGGCUUACAAGCAGGGGAGGUAUAUCCUAGCGAGUCGACCGGCACAGUUGCUCGGCCUUCCCGUAGCGACGACGCCUCAACAGCAACAGCAGCAGAAGAGGAUCUAUGACAAGGUACGCAACUGCGCACUAGAUUCGACCCGUUUCCAAAUCUCACCGGGUCCUCAUCUUUGCACAGGUGUGGGGUCAAGUCGAAAAGAUCAUCGGUGACUUGCGCGCGACUCUGGGAAAACGGUUGAGGGACACGAGGCGAGGACUGGAUGAGGUAGAAAAGACCAUCGUGUGAGCUUUGAACGCUUAACAGAUUGUGCGAGUACCAAAGUUCACGUUCGUCAGCUCGGCCCACAGUAUUCUUCUGGAGCUCGAUCCAACAGACGACCCGGUCUGGAUUUUCUUCGAUACUCAACACCGGCACAUCUUGCAAUUGUUGAGGACGUCGGCCGAGGCUUCGACAUCUAGGAUACGAAUCGCGAUGGAUAAUACCACUGAUGAGAUGAGCGCACCCGACUGGGACCGCAAGAGCGCAGCCGACUUGAGGACCUGUGUCGCUUCCCUUGAGGCGCUCGACGGGGAAGGCGUUCGUGGUCAGUAGAGUUCACAUCCUCACCCAUUUCGGAGCAAGAACUGAUGUUUCUUCGUGUCUACAGAAAAUGCGGCCGGAAGCGACGUUUGGCGGUUGAUUUACGAUCUCGUCCGCAAUCUCAACGAGGUCAUCCUCCAGAACCUGCCGAGUUUCUGGAAGGUCGCCAAAGGCUACAUGGAGGGCAAAUACCAAAAGGUUGAAUCUACUCCAGCCGUUCUGGUUUCGAAAGUGUAGCGCAAUCUGACGAGGCCUUCUGUUCCCCAAAUGCAGAAGGUGUCAUCCAACUCGUCAUCGAAUCCGGGCGUACGGCGUUCACCGACGCAAUGCCGAGUCAUGUCCCAAGACAUUGUAACACUUUACGUAUCCCUCCUCUCCACCUUCUUCGGUCUUUCCUCUGCCGGCGCAUCACCCCCAAUGCUGCCCGACCCCGCCGAUCCGAACGCAGUCCCUCCCCUCCCCUCCUUCGUGCCACCGACUGCAAACGCCACCUCCAACUGCCACUGGCUGCUGAGGGCACUGCAUGAGAUGGUCGACUGUGCGAGUGACCUGACCGCACUCGAGCUGGCUGGUGAGGCCAGUCAGAGUCUCAAGGAGCUGGUCGGGACCUCGAGGUGGAGAUUCGAGGAAGCAAUCUGCUCAAGUUGGGUUCGCGGUAAGUUCAAUCAGAAUUGCUUGGCCGAAACGAUCAAAACUGACCAUGAGGCUUCCGUCACCUAGAUGCUAAGGUGUUUUUCCGACUUGAGACGUGGCAUCCUGAUCCGGACGAACCCUCAACUACGGCGUACUUGCGGCAAGUCGCGGCUUUCCAACGCUUCUGCGCAAUUUCGGCUUAUCGGAUCGCCGGUGGGACGGAGGAACGGGCACAAGCCUUGAUGGGGUCGAACGCAUCGUCGAACCCGAGCAACCAGCCGGGCUCACGGUCGCGCUCCGACGUCAGUCUCCCGACCGAGUUCGUGAAGAAGAUCCAAGCUGCAUUUCUCGAUGGAUUGUAUGCAUUCCUGGACGGGUUGGUGCAUGUCGCUUUCUCGGAUCCGGAGCACAUCUUCGCGAGUCCUGCGCCGGGGUCCAAGAACGGAACGAGUUCCACGGCGAGGAGAAAAUUGGUCACAACGGGCGAGGAUGGGCGACCCAAGGAGGUCGAUAUCCGGAAUGUCGUAAGUACCAUCCAUCUGAGAGCCAUGGAGUCCGCAUCAAACUGAUAUGAGCCUCAUUGUUGGCACAUAGGAUAUCCGAGUGCUGCUCACGGUGUCGAACCUGACGCAUCUCCGCGAAACCUCAAUCCCACGCAUCAUCAACCAAUUCCAAUCGGCAUUCAAGAUUGACAUGGCAUCCGACGUCCAAAUGCUCAUGGACGUGACCGAGCAACUCGACAAGAUUCUCUUCGACGAUUACGUCAAACGCAAGUCGGCCGAUGUCGCUAAGAUCCUGAGGAAGGGUGUGUUGGGCGGCACGGUCGAUUGGUUCGAGGCGGCAAAGCCCACAGAGGUGCACCCGUUCAUCUACGAUGCGUUGUUGAGUUUGGUGUUGGUGCAUGCGCAAGUCUCGGCGACGGCGAGGCCUUUGGUCGCGAGGACCUUAGGCAGUCUGGUCGAGGAGUUGGCGAAUGUCGCUCUCGAUGCGUUUGGCAAGGUCGAACGAUUUGGUAUGGGAGGAAUGUUACAGGUCAGUAGACGAGCUCCAUUCAAUGUCGCUCGUUAUUGUACUCCGACCUGAGACAUGCUGUCUUUUUUUCAGGCGACACUCGAGAUCGAGUUCAUGCACCAGACCCUUUCACAGCACGUUUCGCCCCUAGCAGAUUCGACGCUUCAGUCCAUCUACAAGACCAUUUCGCAAUCCUACUACCGUCGCCCGACACCAGACAGCGCGCAAGAAUUGCAAAAGGAAUUGGAAGGGUUGAAGCGAACGUUGGUUGCCAGUCGUCGUGCGACGGCGCUGCAGUUCUUGUGCUUCCGUAAACCGAGCGCGGCGAAGAAGGACACCAGUGGAGGGGGAAGCGGCGAGGCGGUGUCGAGUCCUGUGCCGGGAUCACCGGCACCUCCUGUGCCAGAGCUGAACAGGACGAGGAGGGCCGCGAUGCCUCCACCUUCGGGGUUGGCUUCGUUGCCUGAGGGCUGA